GCCGGAGUCCGCCGAGCCGGCCGAGCCGCGGGAGCAGUCGCCAUCGCCGGAGCCACCCGGCCGCCCUGAGAACGGCCUGCUCUCGCCCAAGGAGGAGCCGGCCAGCGGCGAGGACGACGACGGCGACGACGACGAGGAGGAGGCGACCACGGCCGAGCGGCGCCUCGAGGAGGACAUCGAGCUGGUCAGCGGCGACACAGAGGACGGCUCGGCCGAGGAGCGCACCGCCACGCCACCCAGCGCCGCCCAGACGACGCAGUCGACCUCGGAGGCGGCCGCCAGCACGCUCAUCAGCUCGUGCGGCGCCGACAACCUGCCCUGGAAGGACCCCAGGUGGAGCAGCUUAUUGCCCGAGGAGAAGGUGAUGGAGGCAAUGGGCAACAUGCUGGACGUUCCCACGCUGGCAGCUAAGCUGAUGAAGAACCUCUUCACUGAAGAGGAGCGCAUCAGCUCCAACACCACUGGGGACCACGGGAAGCAGAUCUUCGACAAGGAGAAAAUGGACCUGAUCAAGUCGAUCGUGUUUCACGUGAGCAAGGUGGCGGAGGAGGACCAGUUCGGACGGGACGAUCUCUGGGUGCGCUGUAAGAUGAAGAUCGACAAGUGGAAUCGCGACCUCAGGUACAGGUACGCGCGCAAGAAGAAGGACAAGGACACGUCGCUGCCGACCAUGGUUAAGCUGGAAUACUCGGCCACCAGCGGUCGCGACGAGGACUGGGAGCGCGAGCCGCGCGACCAGCUGCCGCUGGCGCUGAACUCACCCUGGCUGGCCGACUCCAAGCCAUACAGCCUGCAGUCGCCGCCGGUGACACCCCAGUGCAGCGCCGACGUGUAGGCGUGCCGCCGCCCGCCCGCCGCCCAUGUGCCAAGCAGUCGCGCCACCGCGCCAGCGACCGACCGCGCGCCGUCGCCAGCCGCCAGCUGCCGAGAGAUCUGAGUGUGUGCUGUCCGCGGCGCUGCCGCCGGCGGCUGAGAGGUCGGCCGGCCCGGCCCGGCGCGGCCCGGCGGCCGGCGAGACAGGCCGCCCGCUCUCAGCGUCAUCCGCAGACGUGUGCUGGCUGCUACACGCCGAGUAGAUUAUACACGUGUGACUAGCACAGCUAACACCGCCUAGGGGUAUUAUACGGAGGUCUAACAGCUAGCGCGGAGAGAUGCUUUAGAUCUGAGUCGGUUUCAGGUCAGUAUAUUUACCGUUACCCUCUGUGCGCGCCGUGGAGUCGUUGGCUCUAUGUAUGCCCGGUUGUGCUGCUGUGCGGUGGCUUGGGCCGCCCGUCCGUUGGGGAGGGGCUGGUCUGUACAGGACGGAGGGGGGAGGGCUCGAGCGCCGCGCCGAGUGCGUACUUAAGCGGAGCGGGGCUCGCGGCCCGGGUGUACUUACCGGACUGGCCGCGUGCUGGCCAGUCCGUGCUGGCGCCAGUAUUACGGCGGCGGCGGCCAGCGGGCAGAGGGGGGGGGGGGGGGGGGGCGAGGCCCGCCCCGCACCCUGUACAUAUUCACACCGCGCACGCGCGCUCCGCGGUGGCGCCUUCAUUCCAGCACGAUUAUCAGCAACAUUCCACGGCCGGUGUCCGCGCGGCCGGCGCGCCGUUAUGACGUGUUUUGAAGUGUUUAUGAGGCGCGGCGGCGCGCCGUCGGGCCGCUCCGUCUCGCAGCUUACCUCUGCCGUGGGUGGACCACCUUUCAUAGCCGCCAUCGGGCCCGCCGCCCGCUGUAUACAUACAUGUUACUGUGCCUGUUUAUAAGAGGCGUGUGCGCGCGCGGUGUGUGCGGGCGCCCCAAGCCCGCCUGUCUCUCCUGUUGCGCGACCGUGCCGGUCGCCCUCGCCCUUCUUUCUUACUGAAUUACCGUGCCGUGCGUCUUUGGCUAGAUUUUGUAGGACUUUCGAUGCUGUUUGCACGUGUGCGCCGUGCAGCCUGGGUAUAGCGGUACUGCACGGGCCUAGGAGGAAGCCCGCCGAUGAACUGACGUGUGCGUGUACGAUUAAUCAGGCGCUGUGCCCGUGGACCACCUGGUAUUUAUGUCAAAUGUAUUUGACUGUCCCUACUUGUUCGCAAACGGCUCGCCCAGGCUGUUCGGAUCUGGAAGUUUCAGUCUGUAACCGUUCCGGUACCUUCCAAAUGACGUCAGCUGAUGCUGGUUCAGGCCCGUGGGCAGUGGCCGCAUUCUGUUCUGCCGGUUCGCCCCCUCCGCCCGCCGUGCAUGACAAUCUGAUCUCCCGUGUUGCAUUGUAGUGAUGUGUAUGACCGGCGUGGUGCCACACUUGUCCGCCGAGCGGCGCCACCUGUCCGUCGGUAGGCGCCGCGUACAAACCCGCAUCAUGUGAGCAAUAAAUGGACGAGCUGA